GCCAAGGUGCAAUGGGGCUGUCGGGAUGUGGGCCGAGACUAACAUGGAGCUCUCCGUGGGAUAAGGGUGAAGCUGCUGUUGCGGGCUGCGCCUGACUUCCUGCCCAGCAUGCUGGUGCACUUAUUUCGGAUCGGGAUCCGGGGAGGCCUUGUCCCAGGCAGGUCGCUAUUUUCCCAUCGGCUCCAGUCAUUCUCGGCCGUCAGGUCCCCAGAUGGCCACUUCAGCUCCUGCCUGCUCAGGGCCAUGGCCCAGCUUCGGUCACAGCUCCGAGCCCACUUCUCUCGAGUCCCAUCGGCCACACCUCCCAGCAAGAGUGCCCCUGCCUGGUGCUGGCUGGGGGGAGCCCUGCUGGGGCCUGUGGUACUCUACAAGCAUCCCCGCCUCUACCUGUUAGCACUGUGUGAGGCGCGGGAGGCCCCUCCUGCCCACCCCAUACCCCGUGUCACACAGUCCCAGUUUAACUGGCAGCUCUUCUGGCAUUUCCUGCGUCCCUACCUGCUGCUCCUGGGGGCUGCCAUUGUGCUGGCGCUAGGUGCGGCCCUAGUGAAUGUGCAGAUCCCCCUAACCCUGGGGCAGCUGGUCGAAGUUGUGGCCAAGUACACGAGGGACCACGUGGGGAGCUUUGUGUCCGAGUCCUGGAACCUCAGCACCCACCUGCUUAUCCUCUACGGUGUCCAGGGACUGCUGACCUUCGGGUACCUGGUGCUGCUGUCCCACAUCGGAGAGCGCAUGGCUGUGGACAUGCGCAGGGCCCUCUUCAGCUCUCUGCUCCGACAAGACAUUGCUUUCUUUGAUGCCAAGAGGACAGGGCAGCUGGUCAGCCGCCUGACAACUGAUGUGCAGGAGUUUAAGUCCUCCUUCAAGCUCGUCGUUUCCCAGGGGCUGCGCAGCUGCACCCAGAUAGCUGGCUGCCUGGUGUCCCUGUCCAUGCUGUCCCCGCGCCUCACGCUGCUGCUGAUGAUUGUCACACCCACCUUGAUGGGCAUUGGCACCUUGAUGGGCUCCAGUCUCCGGAAGUUGUCACGCCUGUGUCAGGAGCAGGUUGCCAGAGCCACGGGCGUAGCGGACGAGGCCCUGGGCAAUGUCCGCACGGUGCGUGCCUUUGCCAUGGAGCAGCGGGAAGAGGAACACUACGGAGCAGAGCUGGAGCGGUGCCGCACAAAGGCAGAGGAGCUGGGCAGAGGCAUUGCCUUGUUCCAGGGCCUUUCUAACAUCGCCUUCAACUGCAUGGUCCUGGGCACUCUAUUGGUUGGGGGCUCCCUGGUAGCUGGACAGCAGCUGACAGGAGGAGACCUCAUGUCCUUCCUGGUGGCCUCCCAGACAGUGCAGAGGUCCAUGGCCAAUCUCUCCGUCCUGUUUGGGCAGGUGGUGCGGGGCCUCAGCGCAGGUGCCCGUGUCUUCGAGUACAUGGCCUUGAGUCCCUGCAUCCCACUGUCAGGGGGCCACAGUAUCCCCAAGGAGCAGCUGCAAGGUUGUGUCACUUUCCAGGACGUCAGCUUCAGCUACCCCUGCCGCCCCGGCUUCCAGGUGCUGAAGGACUUCACCCUGACGCUGCCCCCUGGCAAGAUCGUGGCCCUCGUGGGCCAGUCUGGGGGAGGAAAGACCACGGUGGCUUCCUUGCUGGAGCGCUUCUACGACCCCACAGCUGGCAUGGUGACCCUGGAUGGGCAUGACCUGCGCACACUGGACCCCUCCUGGCUCCGGGGACAGGUCAUCGGCUUCAUCAGCCAGGAGCCAGUCCUGUUCGGAACAACCAUCAGGGAGAACAUCCGCUUCGGGAAGCUGGAAGCUUCUGACGAGGAGGUGUACGCAGCCGCGAGGGAGGCCAAUGCCCACAAGUUCAUCUGCAGCUUCCCUGACGGUUAUGACACCAUCGUAGGUGAGCGAGGCACAACUCUGUCUGGGGGCCAGAAGCAGCGCCUGGCCAUUGCCCGGGCACUCAUCAAACAGCCCACAGUGCUGAUUCUGGAUGAGGCCACCAGUGCCUUGGACGCAGAGUCUGAGCGGGUGGUGCAGGAGGCCCUGGACCGGGCCAGUGCUGGCCGCACUGUGCUGAUCAUUGCCCACCGGCUGAGUACCGUGCGUGCGGCCCACCACAUCGUUGUCAUGGCCAAUGGCCAGGUCUGCGAGGCUGGGACCCACGAAGAGCUCCUGAGAAAAGGUGGGCUGUAUGCGGAACUCAUCCGCAGACAGGCCCUGGACACCCCACUGCUGUCUGCACCACUGCCGAAGACCCCAAGACACCCCUGGAACCACUGGCACAGGACCUGAGAGUGACUGAAAGGUCUGGUCACUGCCAAUUACCAGCGCCAGAGUUGGGGGACUCUCAGAUCUGAGUUCCUGGAGAGCCGGAAUGUUGGGGUGACACCUGCCCCUUCCCUCCCACACACAAUAAAGCCAGGCCCCGGCUGGGCUGGGAGGUGGGACCUUUCCCAUCA